UGCCGGAACGAUACUCCCAAAACAGCCGAAAUCUCACGGAAAUUGCACUUGCACCGUCAGUCCGUGUGAACCACCCUCAAAUCCCUCCAACGCACGGCCACGGCCACCCCCAACAGCCGUUGACCCCACUGCUCCUCAGUCUCCUUGGCCGCCCACCUCGCCCAGCUUCGAUCCCCGUCCGGCCGGAAGAUGGAGGCGGUGGCCGGCUUGGUGGUGUGCGCGAUCAUCAAGAUCGUCGUCGACAAGGCCAAGUCCUGCGCAUCCGACAGGAUGAAAUGGCUGGGCGGCGACGGCGUCUUCAAGGCGCUCGAGCUGCUGGGGAGCACGCUGUGCCAGCUCCGCGCCGUGGCGGGCGCCGUCCAGCGGCGGGGCUCCCCGGACAAAAGCGGGGACCUCCGCGCGUGGCUGCAGCAGCUCCUGGACGCCGUCUACGAGGCCCACGACGUCCUCGACGACUUCGACGACUCGGUCCCACCGCCGGAAUCCUCCGUCGCCAGGCUCGGCAAGCGGCUCUUCGGCGCCGACGAGCGCGUCAACAGGCUCAAGGACGUCGUCGAGAAGCUGGUGGCCAUCCACGCCGGCUCCAAGACGCUGCUGGCCGCCACGGAGACCAUCGCGUCCGCGUCGCUGGCACGCGACCCGAGCGGCGGCGGCAGCGCCACGGGCCCCAUGCGCCACCACGAGGACGCCGUGUUCGGGCGCGACAAGGAGCUGCGGGAGAUGGUGUCCUGGCUCGCCGGCGCGUCCGGCGCCGACGCCAAGUCCGGGUCCGUCCCCGUCGCCGCGAUCGUGGGCCUUGGCGGGAUGGGGAAGACCACUCUGGCGCAGAUCCUGUUGAAAGACCCGGAGGUAGCCUCCACCUUCGACCUCAAGAUCUGGGUUCAUCCUGCUGCCAUGGACAACGAGCUUGAGCUCGCCAAACAGAUACUGCAGUCCGCCGACGUCGACGUGCCCGACGGCAUGAAGAGCUUCCACUGGCUACAGACGAAACUUAAGGAGAAAAUCUCGUCGCGCAAGUUCCUGCUGGUGAUCGACGAUGUCUGGAACAGGGAGGACAUGGAGGAAAUUGCCUACCGGAACAUGUGGUCCAAGGUGCUGGCACCCCUCAGCCAGGGGAACACAACGGGCAGCAAGAUUGUGGUCACCACGAGGCAGAACAUCGUCGCGAAAUCCCUUCGAGCAAGGGAGGUCUACUUGGGCGACUUGCCGGCAAAUGAUAUCUGGUCUCUCUUCACAAAGUACGCCUUUGGUGACGAAGACCUUGACAAGCAGCCUCCCCAGCUGCGAGCCAUCGGGAGGAAAAUCGCUGAAAAGCUUAGGGGCUCACCGCUGGCGGCGAAGGCCGUCGGGCAGAUGCUGGAAGGCCGCCGCAGCAUCACCCACUGGACGAAGGUGCUUCAGAUGGACGGCUUUGAUGAUGUUUCCAAAACAUUGGAGCUGUGUUACCAGAGUUUACCAGAGCACCUGCAGCCAUGCUUUGCAAUCUGCAGCUUAUUCCCCAAGAACUGGAGGUUCAAGCGUGAUAAGCUGGUGAAGAUUUGGAUGGCCCUUGAUUUCAUCCAGGCAGACAGUGGGUGUGGGAAGACCCGACUGGAGGAUGUGGGAAGCGAUUACUUUGAUCAGCUUGUGGACAGGUCCUUUUUCCAUCGGCAGAAAGUGGGGCGUCGUCGGAGGUACUACUACAUCCACAGCCUGAUGCAUGAUUUGGCCGACAAGGUUUCUCGGUUUGAUUGCCUGAGAGUUGAAGAUGCAAAGAAAGAGAUCCCCAAGACAAUUCGGCACUUAUCUGUGUCCAGUGAUAUCGUGGUGCAGCUUAAGGGCCGAUGUGACCUCAAAAGGUUGCGCACAUUGCUAAUUCUCAAGAACCCUUCCUCUUCACCGGAUCAACUGCCAGGUGAUCUUUUCAUGGAGCUGAAAGGUCUUCGAGUUCUCAGUUUGGAAGGCUGCAAUAUUGUUCGUUUAUCAGAGAAAAUUGUGAAUAUUAAGUACCUCAGAUACCUGGCCCUUUGCAAAUCAAUCACGAAGCUUCCACAAGCAGUGACAAAGCUCUAUAGACUUCAAACCUUUAGUAGUCCUAAGGGUUCUGGCCUCGAGAUCCCGGCAGAUAUUGUAGACCUGAAACGCCUGCGACAUUUGGAUAUGGAUACAUCGAAAAUCACUGGUAUUGGGAAACUGGUUCACUUGCAGGGAUCAGUUAAGUUCCACGUUAAAAAUGAAAAAGGUCAUACUUUAGGAGACUUGGAUGGUAUGAGUGGUCUUCGCAAAGAGCUACAUAUCAAGAACCUUGAUGUUGUAAAGGAUAAGGAAGAAGCCUGUCAAGCUGGAAUAAACAAGAAGGAAGUUAAGGUUCUGGAAUUAGAAUGGAACUCUACUGGUACGAGUGUUCCAUCUGAAGCGGCUGAAGUCUUGGAUGGCCUUGAACCAUACCAGCAUGUUAAAAUGCUUAUUAUUAGAAGAUACCAUGGUAACAGAUCACCAAACUGGUUGAGUGAAAGCUUGAAAGCGAGCGAUUUCUACAUUAAAUACCUGCAUUUGAUCAACUGUAGAAAGUGGGAGGCCAUGCCUCCUCUCGGGCAGCUUCCAUGCCUCAAGGUUCUGCAAUUGAAAGAGAUGUGUUCAGUGAAAAGAAUAAGCUGUGACUUUUAUGGAACCAAAUUAACUGCAUUUCCAUCUUUGGAGGAACUUGAAUUUGAUGAUUUGCCACGGUGGGUGGAGUGGACCCACGAAGAGAAGAACACUGAAGUGUUCCCUAAACUCCGUAAGUUGAGGCUUUUGAACUGUCCUGAGUUGAUUAAGGUGCCUCAUCUUCCUCUAUCCGUGAGGAAUGUCAAGGUAAAAAAUACAGGUUUUAUUUCACAAAUGAAACUAUCCUCCUCCUCACCAUCAAAAGCAUGCAAGUUUGCAUUAGAUACAUGCUCUGCCACCGUCCUCACAAAUGGCUUGAUGCACCAGCAACAAGUGGAAGCAAUUGCUAUUUUGACUCUGAGGAACUGUGAGGAUGUAAAAUUUGAAGAGCUUCAGGUGCUGACUUCCUUGAAGAGGCUGCAAAUAUCUCAUUCAAGCAUUAAUGAUGAGCAGUUGGACACUUGUUUGAGGGGUUUACAAGCGCUUACCUGGCUGGAGAUAUCAAACUGCAACAACAUCACAUGUCUUCCAUGGAUGGAAAAUUCAGAGUGCUUAACAAAAUUUCAUGAGCUACACAUUCAGCAGUGUCCUGAAGUUUCCUCUCUACACUCACUGCCAAGUUUUGCGGCACUAGAAAGUAUAUUGAUCGAAAAUUGCUCUAAGGUCACAAUGGAAUCUUUCCCUACCAACUUUAACAACAGUUCUCUUAGAAGACUGAGCAUUAUGAAUUGUGCUGAGUUGGAGUCGCUGCCAAGUGGCUUCCCAUCUUCGAUGCAAGUUCUUCAUCUGAUUGGGUGCAAACAAAGUUUGAUGACCCAACUGCAAGACAAGGAUGGACCAGAAUGGGAUAAAAUAGCUAGUAUUCCCUUCAAACAAAUCCGCUGAUUAGAAGCUUUUUAUGCAGACCAACAGGCAUAUGGUGUGCCGUCACAAAGUUUAAGUUGUUUGUUUCAUCAUAAAUUGAGGAUGCCAUCUUUCUUAUGAAAUAAUAUUUGUAAUCCAUGGAAUGUAGGAUUGUGCCUUCUAGAGUUAUAUGUAUUGAGAAUGUCAUCUUUCUAAUAACAUAAUACUUAUAACAAAUGAGAUGUAGCACUGUGCCUUCUAA